CAACCACUUAAAUCUGACAGCAAAAGCCCCCUUAAUGACGUUCACCACCUCGGGAGGCUUUUCAACUUUUCCCGUCCGAUCUUGCCUGACUUAAACCUCACACGCCUGAUACUAUGCGCUUAAUCAAUGUUAAAACGCUCGAAUUGCACGAGUACUUCGGCGACAGUAUACCGCAAUAUGCGAUUCUUUCCCAUACCUGGGGCGAUCAAGAGGUCACAUACGAGGAGUGGCUAUAUGCACAGCGCCAGAACCCCCGGCGGUGGGGCUGGGUACACGUUAAAGAAGAAAUAGACGACAUCAAAUCAAAGACUGGGUAUCGAAAGAUCAGGUACGCGUGUAGAAAGGCCCGGCGUGAUGGGUUCUCAUGGCUAUGGGUGGACACCAACUGCAUCAACAAAAGUAGUUCAUCGGAACUAAGCGAGGCUAUUAAUUCUAUGUACCGAUGGUAUCAAAAUUCGGAGAUUUGUUACGCGUUCUUAGAUGAUGUACAUGGUGCGGAUCAAAGUACAUGCUUUAAAAACGAUAGCGAGUUUCGACGAAGCCGAUGGUUCACUAGGGGGUGGACUUUGCAGGAACUUAUUGCUCCUUUGAGAGUAUUGUUCUUCUCCUCUUCUUGGGACCAGAUUGGCACAAAAACAGAACUUUCAUCCUUGAUCAACGAAAUAACCACAAUUUCAAUUACUGUACUUCAGGAUCCGACCGCGCAAGGCGCCUGCCCAGUCGCCGAAAAAAUGGCUUGGGCAUCAGAACGGAAGACAACACGUGAGGAGGACACAGCAUACUGCCUUAUGGGCCUUUUUGAUGUCAAUAUGCCCCUACUGUAUGGAGAAGGAAACAAAGCGUUUCUGCGACUACAAUUGGAAAUUAUACGUCAGCGCCCUGAUGUUACGAUUCUGGCUUGGCAACAGGUCUUGAGCAAACCUCGAAAUAUCUUGUCCAUCAUCACACCCUGGGGGAUGAAGCCACUCAAAGCAGUGCGAGCUUUUGCUUCCAGCCCACAAGAGUUCUCAUUCACUGAAGGAUUAAAUUUCACAGAUUAUACACCCACUUAUUUUCGGGUUGAUGGUUUUGGGAUAGCCAUCCGGCUCCCAUUGAUAAAGACAUUGGCAACCAACUUCUUCUUUGCCAUUUUACCUCACGUGAGGAGGCGAGGCAAGCGGAUGGUCUGGAUUCCUCUUGUCCAUAUCGGGGAGCAGAGAUACGUUCGGGUAGAUUUUCCUGUUGUGACGUUUGAUGCACCGGAAACGAACUAUGGGCCACCAACUGAGAUUUUCUUACCGACACAUGAGGGUCACUUAUUCCACCUUGACAAGGAAUUGGUGGUAGUUCAGAAACCUGGGCUAUACCACAAUCAGAUUACUUUUACACGUACCGGGCCAGUCCUUCUAUUUACUUUCCCAUGUGGCUACGGAGAGUUUAAACUCACUCAUCACUUCCCGGGUGGGUUCGAUCCUGGGAGGCCCUCCCAUUCUCUUCUCCAACGUCUCUAUAUCAGCGAUGACGACCCUCUGAACGCUUUCGGAAGCCUUGAGUUCUACCAUCACCAUCACGGGCACCAGAAACGAUUGGAAAUACUGUUCCUCGUCAGGCUAGCGAAUAAAGAUGAUUCAAAACCCGCGAAAUGGACUUGCCGUGAUAUUUCGAAUUGGCCUAUAUCAGUUGCCGAAUACAUGAACCGGAAUUACGGUACCAAGGGUUUGAGUGUAAAUGAAGUAGCUGGGCAGAGAUACCGCCCCAUCAUUGAGAGUUUGUAUCAUCAACCAAGUAGUUCUGGGAAGCAUUUCUGGCGUUCUGAGGAAAAGCUAUGGAAAGGAUACGAAGGAGCUGAAUUCGAUGGUCAUGCGUUGAUGGACAACGGCGUCUACGACCCGAGUAACGCGGCUUUUUUAUCGCCACUUGCGUCGGAAAGAACCUUGAACGUUAUGAAUCAGCCUGGGCCGUGGAUUACAGUACAGAUAAACUUCCCAACAGUUGUAGACUGAAAGACUUAAAUAGCAAAUCCCUGAAACAA